AUGAGGUGCUGCAUCUUUGUUGCCUGUCUGCUGAUUAACAUGCACUUUGGCACUGCCUGGAGUUCCCAGUACGCCGUGGAUUGUCCAGAUCGCUGCGACAGCAACGAAUGCAAGAGUACGGUAAGAUGUAAGAGGACCGUGCUGGACGACUGUGGAUGCUGCAGGGUCUGUGCUGCAGCCGCUGGAGAAACCUGUUACAGGACUGUGUCUGGCAUGGAUGGAGUUAAAUGUGGUCCUGGACUGACAUGCCAAUUUUUUACGGAAGAAGAUGAUUUCGGAGAUGAAUUUGGCGUCUGCAGAGAAUGUCUAUAUGGCACCUACGGAAUGGAAUGCAGAGGAAUCUGCAAUUGUCCAUCUGGAAUUUGUGAUCGUGUGACAGGAAAGUGUCUGAAAUUUCCAUUCUUCCAAUUUACAGGAGCCAAACCACAUAGUAAACUAAGACUUAAUCCUGAUUCUGAAAUGGCUUCUGGAGAUGGAAAUAGUGUCAAGCAAGAACUUGCCAAGGAAAAGUCUUCUCGCUCACCUGGAAUAAAAUGGCUAAACCCACGCUGA